UGUUGGGGUGCUGGCACCCCAAAAGCUGGGGUGGGUGCCCUGGGGAAGGUGGGGUGUCCAUACCCCACUGUGCUGGGACAGAUUGCAGGUAUGUCAGGGAUGGCAGAGCCUGUGUCCCCUUGUGUCCCCAUGGUGUGUGGGCUACUGUGGAAAAGGGGGGGCUGCUUUUGGGGUCCCUGUGCCUCAGUUUCCCCAGAUAACCAUCACUGGGUGAGGGAGCAGCAAGGAGGAGCAGGACAUGCUGGAAAUGCCGCAGUGCUGCUGAUUCCCGUUUUUUGUUUCCUUAAAAGCGGAAAAACAAACAAAAAGUUGUUAAAUAUCCCAGCUGCUGCCACAGCGUCAGCCAAGGGAAGUGGCCAGGUGACAGCCUGGCAUGCUUUCCUCAUGGCAGGGAUGGAGCCAAAAGGGAGCAGAAGAGGGAUAGGGAGGUGGGUAUGGGGUGGAAAGGGACCCUGGAGCACCCCAGGGCUGAGCUGAGAUGUGGUGUCCUUCCCAAGGGGGUCUCCAGCCUCAUCCCUGUGAGCUGGGGGAGGCUUCUUGCCCCUCUUUCCCAGCUCCUGCUACCAUCCCACCCUCAUAGAAGUGGCUGCAGUAGCUGCCUCCUGUAAGGUGAUGGGGGUCACUCCAAAGGCCCCCAGAGGGGCUGGAGCUGUGUCCCCCCCGAUGCCCCCAUUCAAGAAAUCCUCCUCAUUCCCCUCCUUUCCGGCCCCUGUGUCCCAAAAGUAGCGUGGCUCCAUACGCUGUGCUCUAUGCUGGUCACUUGGGAGCCCAAGGAUGGUAUGGGAGGCAGGGAUGUUUUGUUGGCACAAAAGAGCAGCUCCAGAGCUCUCCCCUGCCAGCAGUGGUGCUCUGGGGGGUUUUGCAGCUCAGUUGGCGUCAGGGGACCAAAAUUCAGUAUUCUGGUUUCGCUGCUGUCUGCCUGGCACUGGGGCAGAGCUGGGCACAGUGUGGGGUUCCCAGUGCACCCUGUUUGGUGUGUGUUGGUUCCUGUGCAGUGUCCCCCCCUCGGGACUCCCUGUGCCCUCUGCUUCCAGGCUGCUUCAGCUUGGCCAGAGCAGCAGAGGAACUUUCUGCGGCUGCGGGGCUGCAGGCCAGGGCUGGGCCUUCCUCCAGAUCCCACCCUCCUCCUCCUCCUCCUCCUCUUUGCGUGCUGUGGACAGAAGCAGCCCCUCAGAGCAGAGGCUCGGCGGUGGCUGAGGACACGCAGCGAGCCCCACGGGACACCAGACAUUCCAUUGUCAGGCCAUGGCAGCCCAGCCUGUCAGGGGCCAGAAGCCCUUCCACGUCGUUACGCCCGUCCUGGAGAGCCUGUCCCUCUCCAAGGCCGUGGGCACCAAGGUCUUCAUGAAGCUGGAGAACACCCAGCCCUCGGGAUCCUUCAAAAUCCGGGGCAUCGGGCACUUGUGCCAGGAUGCUGCCAAGAAGGGUUGCCACCACUUCGUGUGCUCCUCAGGAGGAAACGCGGGUCUGGCAGCAGCGUACACAGCUCGGAAGCUGGGGCUGCCCAUCACCGUGGUGGUGCCCAGCAGCAGCGGCCCCACCCCCGUGCGCAAACUGGAGGAACUGGGGGCCACAGUCGAGAUCCAUGGCAAGGUGUGGGAUGAUGCCAACAGGAGAGCCCAGGAGCUGGCUAAGACAGAGGGAUGGAUCAACAUCCACCCCUUCGACCACCCUUUGGUGUGGGAGGGUCACGCCAGCCUGGUCCGGGAGCUGAAGGACUCUCUGGAGGCCAAACCAGGCGCCAUCGUGGUGGCAGUGGGUGGCGGGGGGCUGCUGGCCGGUGUGGUGGCCGGCUUGCACCAGGUGGGCUGGCAGGAUGUCCCCGUCAUCGCCGCCGAGACCCUGGGUGCCCACAGCUUCCACGAGGCGCUCAAAGCCGGCCGGCUCGUCACCCUGCCCGACAUCACCAGCGUGGCCACAUGCCUGGGAGCCAAGACGGUGACGGCGCGGGCGCUGGAGUGUGCCCGGGAGUGCCAGGUGAUCUCGCAGGUGGUGGAGGACACGGAGGCUGUGCGGGCUGUGGAGCAGUUCCUGGAUGACGAGCGGAUGCUGGUGGAGCCGGCGUGCGGGGCGCCCCUGGCCGUGCUGUACUCGGGGCGGCUGCAGCGGCUGCAGCAGGAGGGGCGGCUGCCGAGCCCGCUGGAGCCCGUGGUGCUCGUGGUGUGCGGAGGCAGCAACAUCCACACGGCCCAGCUGCGGGCCCUGAAGAGCCAGCUGGGCAUGGAGUGACACCGGGCAUGUGACACAGCCCGCCUUGCACACUCUGCUUGUUUGCCUUCCGAAAUAACCAAAAUAAAGCCUCACGUAGCCUUUUCCAGCA